AUUUGUCUCCGGUAGUUGGAGCCGCUCGAGUACGACAACAGACAGUCAGUUGACAGAGAACUAAACAGUCACUGAGCAAUAAAGGGUUGCUAGUAAUGUCGGUACAAUUUUUCUUUUUUUGACAAUUGUGCAAAAAGAUGCAAAGUCCUCUAGCACGUCGAGCAGUUCGAAAGACUAAUCUCGCAAGAGUCCGCGGAGUGCAACGAGCAUUGUGCAAAGGGCGCCGAGGCUUCAAGGAGUGGAUGCGGUGUAAAGUAAUGAGUAACAUAGCAGCAGGCAGCGUGAUGAUCCACGGCCUGAUGGCCGAGCAGAACAUCCGGUGAACUUCGAUCGCUGCAGUAAAACAGUCGAAGCGAAGACUUGAAAAUUGCAACGAGCGACUCGGAUACUUUCAGGAUGUUUGUGGCUUUUGUCGUCUUGUGCGCGCUGCAGAGUGCAGCCCGGGGCUCAACUCACAAAGGCGUGCGUGCGUCGCCUUCUGGCGCGGUGACGCUUCGGCCGUGGCUGACGGGCCUGACCGCCGUGGUGGUCUUCCUCUUCGUCGUCUUUGUCUUCGUCAUCCUCAGCAGACUCUUCAGGAAGGACAGGGAGGAGGAGGCGAGGGAGGCGUUCGGAUGCUACGACGAGGCUGCGGAGAUGCGCCAAGACGAAGCCAAACAAACCAGCUUUUAGGCCCGACGCAACCUGGAGCUGAACACGCUCAAGAGUGUCCAGAUGAUCGUGAUAAUACAAACUCCGACACUUCCUUGACUUUGUGAAAUGCCUUUAAGCGUGUUUAUUCAACUGUUUUUUUCAGAUUUGCAACAUGACAUGUUAAAUGAAAAAAGUUGUUCUCUUUCUUUUAGCCGAUAGACAUCUUUGCUUGCAAAUUCUCACCCAAAGUGCCGGGAGCUGCCAGACUCAGCAGCAUCGCUUAGAAAGUCAAAUGAAAAAUUCAACAAUAGCCGCUGA